AGAAUAAAAAUGUAUCGGUUCAACUGCACUCAUCGUGUACUCAGUGCAUCCUUGGGGAGGAUUUCAUCAUAUCCAGGACACCCCUCGACCUCAACACUAAGCGGCUUAAAUCCAAACGUAAACAACGACCUUCUGCACGAUAGAGAAGUAAACAACGAUUUUGAUCGGGAUCUCGACUUGGAUCUGGACAUUGAUGAGCAUCCUCGGCAGUUUGCGUCGAAUAACAAUGAUAUUACUCGUCACGUGCGACCGAAGACCAUUGCUUGGAAAGAUGCGAAACCUUACGAGAUGAUUCCAGGACCCAAACCAUUUCCUGGUAUUGGAAACACAUGGAGAUUUCUUUGGGGGGAGUUUCAAGGCAUGGAUCCGUUAGGAAUUCAAAAAUCGUUAUAUGAUUCUUAUGGAACGAUUUGUCGAUUGACUAAUAUUGUAGGACGUCCAGACACUGUUUUCAUGUUUGAUCCAAAUUUUAUUCAUGAAAUGUAUUGUCAGGAAAAUCAUUGGCCUAUACGAGAGGUUCUUAAAGUAAUGACUCACUAUCGAAAGGUUUAUAAGAAAGAUGUCUUCUCUGAAGGAAUUGGUCUACCAGUAUCUCAAGGAGAAGAAUGGGGUAAACUGCGCACUCAAGUUAACCCCAUUUUGAUGCAACCCAGGAUCACUUCCCAAUUUAUCCCGAAGAUAGAAUCUGCUGCUCGAGGUUUUAUCAGACGAAUUGAUAACCUUGCCAGAGUAAACCCCUAAUGCAAUGACUUCCUAGAUGAAAUCCACAAAUAUACUUUGGAAUCCGUGUCUUAUGUGUCUAUAAACCGAAGAUUUGGUCUUAUGGAUGAUGAAUUGUCUCCUGAAAUUCGCCAAAUCAUCACAAGUACUGUCAAAGUGUUUGAUUUAAUCUACGAGUUGGAUAUGCAGACAUCGCUGUGGAAAAUCAUUCCAACACCAAAAUGGCGCGAGUUUAUACAUCACAUGGACUUUCUAACCUAUAUGUAUAUGAAGUUAAUUGACGAAGAAAUCAACAAUUUAAUGCAGAAAACUUCGUUCAAAUCAGAGGAAGAUCGAAGUAUAUUGCAAAAGUUCUUAGAAGUUGAUAAAAAUGUGGCCAUUACGGUUGUGUUUGAUGUCAUGGGCGCUGGUGUUGAUACCACGUCGAAAACUUUGGCUGCACUGUUAUAUUUAGUCGCGAAACACAAGCGUGUUCAAGAAAAAUUACGUAAAGAGCUUUUUGAGAUCAUUCCCGACAUCAAUACGCCGCUCACUCCGCAAUUACUCAACGAAUGCAAGUAUCUGAGGGCUGUGAUCAAGGAAAGCAUCCGGAUUCAUUGUGUUUCUCUCGGGAACAUCCGCACAGCUGAUAGGGAUCUUAUCAUUGGUGGAUAUCAAAUUCCAAAAGGAGUUGAGUUGGUAGGCGGCCAUUUUGUAAUGUGUAACUCAGAUGAAUGGAUCCCACGUGCUGCAGAGUUCCUCCCAGAACGAUUCUUGCGUGAAGAUGCAAAUUCGGAAUUAUCAAUGAGGAACUUCGAUAAAUAUUUAUAUUUGCCUUUCGGAGUUGGUCCACGGUCUUGUAUUGGGAAGCGCUUGGCUAAUUUAGAGUUAGAAGUUAGCGUUGCAAUGAUUUUAAGAAAGUUUAGACUGGAUUGGCAGCAACCAGACAUGCGCUUCCGGUCGACAAUCAUGUAUGGCCUUAUCGAUCCCUUAAAAUUGCAUGUGUAUCCGCUUGAGGAAGGGGAUGAAAAGAAAGUUUGGUAUGAUGGUGAUCUGGAUCGGUUGGAUUACACCCCGGAGUUGGUAUCACUGAAAAUACAAACAAAACUCUCAUCUUUAUAUCAAAAACAAAAUAAAAGUUUCCCAAACAAACGCACAAAAUCAACUGCAGCAGCAGUAUCGAUAGAAAAUGGCGUGGAUUUUGACUCUCGAACAAACAAUGAAGAAAAACGUCGCAGUAUCUCCUGGGAGCAAGCCAAACCAUUGGAAACAAUGCCAGGACCUAAACCUUUACCGAUUUUAGGUAAUACAUGGAGAUUUACGCAUGGAGAGUUGAAAGGACUGGAUCCAGUUGGAUUGUAUAACAGUUUACAUAAAACUUAUGGUCCAAUAUGUCGUCUAACAAAUGUAAUUGGUAUGCCAGACGCUGUUAUCAUGUUUGAUCCGAACGACGUGCGUGAUAUGUAUCGCAAUGAAGGAGCAUGGCCGGAAAGAAACAUUUUGAAGGUUGUCACGCAUUAUAGAAAAGUUUUGCGUCCCGAGAUAUUUCAAGAUGUUUAUGGACUUCCAGUUUCACAAGGUGAAGAAUGGUUUAAAUUAAGAUCCGCAGUAAAUCCUAUUUUGUUACAACCAAGAAUCAAUGAAGAAUUUAUUCCAAAAAUCGAAACAGCAGCUCGUGAAUUUGUGAAACGCAUUGGAAAACUCGCCGCCAUUAACGCCCAAAUGCCGGAAAAUUUCAUUGAUGAAGUUAAUAAAUAUACCCUGGAAUCUGUGUCUUAUGUAGCGAUUAAUAGAAGAUUUGGUUUAUUAAACGAUGAGAUGUCCGAAGAAACAAAACGGAUUAUGACGAGCACAGUGCGUGUAUUCGAGUUGAUUUAUGAGUUAGACAUGUUGCCGUCUGUGUGGAAGAUAAUACCAACUCCAAAAUGGCGUGAGUACAUCCGCCACAUGGACUUCUUAACCGGAGUUUAUAUGAAAGUAAUCGAUCAAGAGGUGCAGCGAUUAAUGGAUACGACUCACUUCGAGUCCGAGGAAGACAAAUGCAUCCUUCAGAAGUUCCUUUCCGUCGACAAGCGCGUCGCUAUCACGGUCGUGUUUGACACUUUGGCCGCCGGCGUCGACACGACGUCCAAAACAAUCGGAGCAAUGAUCUACCUGCUAGCCAAACACAAACGCGUGCAAAAGAAACUGCGCAAAGAACUGAUGGAAGUGUUUCCCGACGAAAACACCCCCAUCACGCCAACGCUGCUCAACAAAUGCAAAUAUUUAAAGGCUGUCAUCAAGGAGACGUCGCGAGUACACGGAGUAGCCAUCGCACAGUUGAGAACUGCAUCAAAAGAUCACGUCCUAGGUGGAUACCGCAUUCCCAAAGGAGUUGAUUUAAUUGGAGCACAAUGCGUGAUGGUUAAAUCAGAGCAAUAUAUCAAACGUGCAAAAGAAUUCAUACCUGAACGCUUCAUGCGCGAAAAUGCCGAGGAUGAUUUCUCAAUGGCGAAUGUUAACAAACACAUUUAUUUGCCGUUUGGUUUCGGACCAAGAUCAUGUGUAGGGAAAAGGGUUGCCAACUUAGAGUUAGAAAUAAGUUUGGCUUUGAUAUUACGGAAAUUCCGACUGGAUUGGAAUGAACCACCUAUGAAAUUUAAAGCUACAAUCAUGUACGGUCUCGCUGACCCUCUCAAAGUACAUGUAUAUCCUGUAGAUCAAGGAAUCGAUGUUGACGAUAAUGAAGACUUAGAUAGGUUAGACUAUGCACCAGAGUUGGAAUAGAAGAACAUUCAGGUUAACUAAUAUAAAUUAAGUAAACAUAUUUAGGAUAUUUCAUAAUAAAAAUUAAUGUUCUUCAUACAACAAAUAUAUACAUGUAUCUUUAAAGCAUAA